GCAGCGACGCAUUGCUUUACCUGGGGAUCGAACGAUUUGUGAAUUUUUGGCACUGACGACGUAAAUCACACAGCCAUUUAGCGAAGAGACGAAAUACCUUUGCUUUGAAAACAUAUUGCUGUGUUCGUUCGGAACUUAUUCCAUUUCCAAGCCGGAAGGCUUCCUUUUUUCCAGAAAACAAAAUGGCGGUCGCUGCUUCCUGCUAAUAGUACCGCAAGUGCCGCACUACUUUUGCUGUGUGUGUUGGGGCGAAAAUCGUGUAGUGGGACACGUGGGCAAAGUCUGGGGACUCUUAAAUAAAGAUGACGGAGGCGAAGGUGAAGCAAGAAAGUGGGGAGGUAGCGGAGAUAGAGAGCAGGUGAGCAGAGUAUCUCUGGGCAGUUUAGGUGUGUUGCUGCUGGGAUACUAUAGAUUAUUGAGCUGUGUCAGCAGUUUCCUCAUGGCAUCACUGACCAAGUUAUUCAAAAUGAGAUGCCUCAAAUUGAACCCAAACAAAGGGCCAUGUGCAUCAACCGACUACUGGCAACUGGUCAGCUGGAUCUGCUACGAAGUGGUACAGGAUUGUUGUACAGAAUGAAGGAUCCACAAACUGUUGGUAAAAUGAAGGGUUCAGACAAUCAGGAGAAGUUAGUGUAUCAGGUAAUCGAGGAUGCUGGUAACAAAGGUAUAUGGAGCAGAGAUAUAAGGUACAAAAGCAAUUUGCCACUGACUGAAGUCAACAAGAUUUUGAAGAACCUAGAGAGCAAGAAACUAAUUAAAGCUGUGAAAUCUGUAGCUGCUUCAAAGAAGAAAGUUUUCAUGUUGUACAAUCUGCAGCCAGAUCGCUCAGUGACAGGAGGAGCUUGGUACAGUGACCAGGAUUUCGAAUCUGAAUUUGUGGAGGUGUUAAAUCAACAGUGUUUUAAAUUUCUACAAACCAAGGCUGAAGCAGCAAGGGACAGUAAACAAAACCCCAUGAUACAGAGAAACAGCUCAUUUGCCUCAUCUCAUGAAGUCUGGAAAUACAUCUGUGAACUGGGGAUUAGCAAGGUGGAAUUGUCUAUGGAGGAUAUUGAAACCAUCUUGAAUACUUUAAUAUAUGAUGGGAAAGUAGAGAUGACAAUAAUCGCUGCUAAAGAGGGGACUGUGGGUUGUGUAGAUGGACAGAUGAAGCUUUAUAGAGGAGUGAACCCUAUUAUUCAGCCUGCAGGUUUAGUGAGAACUCCAUGCGGCCUGUGUCCAGUAUUUGACGACUGUUGUGAAGGAGGUGAAAUUUCCCCAUCUAAUUGCAUUUAUAUGACAGACUGGCUGGAUUUUUAGUGGAAGGAGCCUAGCCUGGCACACAAUUCAAUCAGAUGAGUGGUCAUUCACAACAAGGAUACAUGGCUGAAGAAACUCUGUGCUAUGAAAUGGAACAGCUACAGCAUUUGACUGCUGUUAUAUUUAUUUUCGUAAACAUUUUGCAGAUGUUUGGUUAUUUGAAACAGCAACAGACAACAGUUUUUUUUUUUUUUUUUAUUCCAUAUUUAUUUUUUGGCAUGACACCUAUGAGGCAAAAUAUUUAGAAACUGUAAAAAUAGUUAACUCAUUAGUCACCUACCUACUGAAAGGACACUCAGUUACAUGAUUCCGCUUCCUACCUUAAGCUGGCCAUAGACGCAGAGAUCCGAUUGUACGAAUCAAAGUACAAUCGGACUUCCCCAUCUCCCGACCUGCCACUAACCAUAAAGAUCAAAGUCUUACCAUUCAGAUCAAAUAUAAAGUUGUAAUAACAGAUCAGCCGAUGUUCUGCCCCUGACAGCAAUUGUCCUAUAGUUAAAGCUGGUGACAGACUCCCUCUGAAAAUCGUACGAUCGGCAAUACAUGCAGAGAUAUUACACGCAGCCGACAGAAAUUUUCUAACCUGUCCGAUCGACCAAACUACCGAUCCCCACCAGAUGAAAAAUGUCGGGACUCUCCACACACGGUCCGAAUAUCAUACGAAUCCUCGAUUCGUACGAUCGGAUCUCUGCGUCUAUGGCCAGCUUUAGGGGUGUAAACCUAGCAGCUGGAGCUCCAUUUCCUUGUUCAGUCAGUGUCUUAUCUACUCCGGAAGGCUGAUAUAUUUUAGGGGCCUCUAUUACUUUAGUAGUCUGGAGAAACAUUAAAGUGGGUGAAAACAUGCUCAGAGUGCUCUUCUUAGCUUUUUUAUGUUAAUUUUCUCUUUUUAACAGGUAUUAUCAAUUUUAAAAUGCUAAAUUGGAAUUUUGAGCUUAGCAAAUCUCUUGCCUUGGGUUUGAGGUUGCUCCCUAUUUUCCCAGCACAGCUUUACUGUGCUGCGACUACUUGCUGUAAUUUGGGUCCUGCCUGAUGCCCUCACUCACCUUGGAAAAAGCCACUCAUUCCCUCCAGAUGUCAGUACAGCUCUUCUUUCCCCCAGGGAGGGAGGGAACUGACAUACAGGCUUCCUUUUUAACUCUCAGACAAGCAGCCCAGCAGCCUUAAGAGAGAGCUUCUAGAAUGAAGGUUUCAGUUUAACAGUAUAAAAAUGCUAAUAUCUUUUAAAUGAUCGAAAUUAGUAAAAGAAAAUUGCAGAAGAGCAGUCUGACCAAAAUUAUUUUACUGUAUGCAACAGAAUUAGAGUAACUUUUAUUUAACAUAGGGGCAUCCAGCUGUUCAAUUACGACUCCCUGCAUAUUCUCAAAGGAGCUCAGUAGCUAUUGUAUGAAAACCUCUCAAUUAUAUGUUAAAUGCCUAUCAAGGCAUUGUAUAACAAACGGCACAUAUGGAUUUGGUUGAAAGGAAGCUUGAUUUAGAACAGCA